AUGAGCCCCAUUGAGUUACCUCCCAAUCCACAAGGAAUCGGCAGGCAAUCGCAUGACUAUCGAACCACGACGAAAGGCAACCCAAUACAAGGGAAGACCGAAGUCCCCCCUUCUUCCAUCCAACUCCGACACCGCCGCCCCAUUGUGACCAGCCAGAAGCUGUCGAGCGAGGAGCACAGAGUCAGGGAAGUAGGGCGUAAGCCGCUGUCGAAUUGCUUCUAUGGCGGCGCGUUUCCGCAAUGCCUGGCUUGA